AAUAAUGACCAACGACUCACCGGAGGAGACCCGGUCCGGAGGUGGGGGUGCAGGACCGAAAAGCACCAGAAACCGGCCCAACGACAAUGUCACCAUCCUCACGUCCUCGGUGGAUCUAGCGCGGAGCAGCAGGGGCCACCGGCCGAGCAACAGCGGGGAUAAUGCCUCGGCUCUCUCGUCCUCCCUGGAGCUGACCACGUCUCUCGAACUGAGCAUCCAGACGCGGAUCUUUAAGAUUAUCGUUAUCGGAGACUCCAAUGUCGGGAAGACCUGCCUUACGUUCCGCUUUACUGGCGGAAGCUUUCCGGACAAGACGGAGGCGACGAUCGGCGUGGAUUUCAGAGAGAAGGCGGUGGAGAUUGAAGGAGAGACGAUAAAGGUCCAGGUCUGGGACACCGCUGGCCAGGAGCGAUUCCGUAAGUCCAUGGUGGAGCACUACUACCGCAACGUCCACGCCGUGGUCUUCGUCUACGACGUCACCAAGAUGAACUCCUUCCGUAACCUUCAGACGUGGAUCCAGGAGUGCAACGGCCACCGUGUCUCUGCGUCUGUCCCACGGGUCCUGGUGGGCAACAAGUGCGACCUGGUGGACCACAUCCAGGUUCCCUCCAACAUGGCGCUGAAGUUCGCCGAUGCUCACAACAUGCUGCUGUUCGAGACGUCGGCCAAGGACCCCCGGGAGAGCCAGAACGUGGACUCCAUCUUCAUGUCCCUCGCCUGCCGACUCAAGGCCCAGAAGUCCCUGCUCUACCGGGACGUGGAGAGGGAGGACGGGCGAGUGAGGCUCACGCAAGAGGCGGAGACAAAGACUAACUGUCCCUGUUGAGAGAGAUAGAGAGUGAGAGAGAGAGAGAGAGAGAGAGAGAGAGAGAGAGAGAGAGAGAGAGAGAGAGAGAGA